AUGGCACAGAGUGACUACUUUCCGGAGAACUUUUCGGAGCUCUCGGCUUGGGAUCUCUGGGAUGCCUCGGAACGUUUCGCAGGGCGGGACGGUUAUUCCCGUGAGCAGUGGUUCAGCUUCUGGCGUUCAGCUUUGCAAGAUCAAGUGGAUGCCUCGACCCAGGAUCUCGCUUCUACUUUGCCUUGCACUACUACGACGGAGCCGGCACCCUCGGAUGAACUUGAUGGGGCUACUACGGAGGAUACCUCUACUUUGCAUACACCUGCAGAGGCUCCCCCAUCUACUUUGCCAGCCUCGGAAGGCCCUGGCCACGAAUGGGGCACAGAGGACUGGGUGCCGACUCCGGCGCCUUCCUGGGAGGAAGAACCGUGGGCCUCCUCAGAGCCCUGGGUCCCUAGCGACAUUACCAGACACCUGGAGCGCUGGGACCCAAGCCCGGACACUACUACUUUGCAGACGGAAUCCGAAGCUCCGGGCGAAACUUUGCCGUGCACCGUGGAUGCGGAUCCACCCUCCACCCCGCCGACAACUGAGGUGCUUUCCACUGAUGAGCCGCCCUCUUCUUUGCCUACACCCACCACGGAGGAGGCUGAGGACUUCAACUAUGUGCCGUGGAACUUUUCGCAGCUUUCGGAGGCAGAGUUGUGGCAGGCUACCUCAUUCUUUGAGGAUUGGAUGGGGUACGAUAGACAGCAGUGGUUGGAGUUUUGGCUUUCUUUGCGGGCAUCCCAGGGGAGUUCAGAUACUUUGCACCCGCCUCCAGAUGGUGCAGCUGGCUCCACCUCGGCUACCCAGUCGGAUCCUUUGCCUUCGACGACCUCUACCGACUCGUCCCCUCCUUUACGAUCGUCGGUUAUGGAUUCCUUAUCCUCGAGAUCUACGAUGCAGCAGUUAGCCACAGCUUUGCAACUCUCGAUUCCGGCAUCUGCAGCCUCUCUUGGUGAUUUGACUUUGCUUUCGUUUGGCCUUGGCACCGUAAACCUGGAAGGUCUGGAUGCUUUCCUGGCUUCCAAAGGCUGGUCACCUGAUGCAGAUGAACUCCCUGUCCUCAGGAUGCUGUGGGUGCAGGCUCACAAGAUAUGCACUUUGCCGUCGGUGGCCUCAGAUUCCUCUGCGAGUACUUUGCAUACGUCUUGGGCGGAGACCUUUCCUCCCAAGCUCUCCUCGGAAACGACUUUGCAGUUGAAGCGGGAUUUUGAGAAAUCCUACCCAUCCGAAAUUCUCGAUGACACCAACUUUCCGAGCAAGUCCACAGGGGGCAAAGGCGGCACAACUCCAGGAAAGGGGAAAUCUACCUUUACCAAAGGUACACAUGCCUUUGAGUGGGCAAACAAAGCGAAGAUCAAUGGUGAGACCAAGGUGCUUUGCAUGGCAUACAGUACCCACAAAGGCUGCACUUCCAACAAUUGCAAGUUUGAGCACCUUUGCCCCGUGAUCCUGGAGAACGGCAAGAUUUGCCUGCAGAAGCAUCCGGCUUUUCAGCAUGCACAAAAGGCAGGCGAGGAAGGCCUGGUUCCAGUUGCUUUGCCUGCAGAUGCUACAGGAGAUGCUCCUUUUCCACAACCAUGUGCUACUCCUCCGGAGCCCGUGGUACAGAGUGCUCCUCAGAACUUUGCAUGCUCUGUCUCGGAACUCGACUCAGGCAUUUUCCUGGACAUCAACGGGGGGGCCCGGCGCCCUCUUUCAGCAGCAUUUCUUGGAGCUGGCUGUGAUACUUUCUCGGUCGCUCCCGAAAUUUUCCCUGAACGUGACCUUCUACAAGAUGCGUUCUUCUUUUCCUUGCUCAGGGUUUGUCACUCUGGGCAGGUUGCCCUUUUGCACAUCUUGCUCUGCGCCAGUGAUUUGACUUCGAAUCUUUUCGAUCGCAUGAUUCAGAUAGCACAUGCAUGCUUUGCAGCGGGUUCUCACGUGCUGCUUUCUCAACACUCUGGUUCUUCAGUGUGGAGUCAUGCUUCGGUGAUUUUUCUUUUACAGCAGAUGGGCGCAGAUGCUAUUUUCUGGGACCCCCAACGGUUUGGUUGCAACUUCGAAGGCUUUGGUCUCCUGGCUGCGUCCUUUUCAUCUUUGCAAUUUUUAGCCACUGCUUCCUCGACGGGGUCUUCAAUGCAGGCCCAUCGGGAAUUUGACUUUUCUUCCUUGAGCGCGGACUUUGUGCUCGCUGUGGCCGAGGGUUCCCUGCAUCUUUUCACUCAAAGAAGUCCGGAACCUAAAGAUUUGCAGUUUGGCCAGAUUCCUUUUCUGAGGCAUGUGAAAGCGAGAUUCGAUCCAUCCUUUGCCAUCCAGGAUGGUGCUGGGAUCUACUCAGUGCCUGAUUGGAGUACGCCUCCACCUGGGGUUCCGGAUGUGCUUUGCGAUCUCAGGUCCAAACUUCGGCAGUGGAUCUUCGAUGAAAAGAUCCCUCAACGACUACAGGCCCAUGCCUUGCAGCACAGCUCAGAGCCACUCUUUCAGGAGGGCGAGAUUCAGCAUCUCAGACAGCUUUUUCAGUCCUGGGUCUCAGAACAAGGAUCGUCACAUGUGAUUGACUGGACGAUUCCGGACCAUCAACCUUACGCUUUGCAUGCCUUGAAGUUCUUCUCACAGUUUGUCAAGGACAAGGAUGAUACCCUUUGCCAGUGCCUGCUUGAUGGGGUUCCCACAGGAUAUGACAGUGACAUCCCGCUCUCCAAGGUUUUCAUACCGCAUCCGACAGCACCGGAACUUGAUCACCAGCUUUCCAUUGCCAAGGACAACUGGCAAAGUGCCAAUAAUGAUCCAGACACUUUGCGAGAGUUGGUGCAUGCCGAGGUCCAGAAAGGAUGGCUGUUUGAGAUGCCUUCUUUACAGGCGGCACAGGAACGUUGGGGAGAGCGCGUUGCUGUAGGGAAAAUGUCCCUCGUACUUUCUCCCCCGAGAGCUCCCAGGCUGGUGGUUGACUCCACCGUGUGUGGCACCAACGAUGCAUGCUCUAUCCCUGAGCGCUACACUUUGCCAGGUCUACAAGAUGUUCGAGAUUGCUUUCCUUUGCGCCUUCAUGCAGGCCUGUGUGAAGGCUUCCAUCUCGACGUCAAGGCGGCGCAUAAAACGGUUAGGGUCAAAGAGGCUGACCAGGGACUGCUCGGUGUCACUUUACCGGGUGGAGACGGUAAGGAUGACAGACUUUUCUUUUACCGAGUUUGUCCAUUCGGAGCAAAUUUCUCUGCUUUGUGGUUUCAGCGACUGGCGGGCAUGCUUUUACGACUCAUGCAUCUCUGGAUCUUUGUGCGCCAUGCUCUUAUGGGCUACGUCGACGAUUUUCUUUUCAUCCAGGACCGAGAGUGCAUCCUGUACUCUGCGUCACUCUUACUUUGCUUUACAUCUAUAUUCGGAGUGCCUUUGAGCUGGGCCAAGUUACAAUUGGGAAGUUGCAUUACCUGGAUUGGUUGGACAUUCAACUUUACCAGCGGCUCUUUUCAUAUUCCGCAAGAAAAAGUUGAUAAGCUUUUCAACUUGAUCAAGGAUGCUACACGGUCCAGAAGGGUUACCAGUGCUUUGCUCCACAAGUUGGUAGGACUACUACAGUGGUUUUGUCAGCUUUACAGAUCUUGCAAACCCUGGCUGGCGUCCCUUUUCUCAGAUCUACAUCGGCAUUUGGCUUCCCAGUAUAGCAUAUCACAGGGGCUCUGGCCUUCUUUGGCUAACUACCUUGACGAUGAUCUUCGCUUUACAUCCGUACCUCCGGGUAUUCAAGUUCCGCUGGGAGGCAAAUUACUGGAAGCACGACAUACAGAACUGAAAACAAAGCAAGACCUUUGCAAGGUCCGUACCUCCAAUCGGAUCUGGAUGCGGGUGACCAAUCCCAAAUCUGAUCGGCGUUCUUUGUCACCAGCAUCGCGGACCUUUCUUUCGUUCUGGAGAGAAUGGUGUCGAAGACCUCAGCCUUAUACGGCUCUUUCUGUUCCUUUGCGACUCCAGGUUGAGGCCUUUGCGGAUGCAAGAGCUGAUGGAGAGCUCAUUGGGAUUGGCGGUUUUAUUGCCUUCCCGUCCGGUGCCUACAUUUGGUUUUCUCAGGCCUGGCAGCUUUCCGAUUUGUCGGUUUUGAGCUUGGAACUUCGCCGACCCGCACAUAAGGACAUUGCCUGCUAUGAGACUUUGGCACAGAUUGCUUUGGUACAUGCUUACAGGUCAGUAUUUCCUUCGGGUCGUGUGGCAGUUCGCCUCCCCUCCUUUUCCGACAACGCUUCGACAGAGGCCUUGGGGGCGAAGCUUUACACUGCCAAGUGGCCAUUGGGAGCGUUUGCCCAGAAACUUUCCCUCAUAUCUGCAGCUUCGGGUAUUGAGCUGGAUAUUUCUCACAUCGCCGGUGAGAAAAAUGAUGAUGCAGAUCUGUUGAGCAGGUGGAAUCAAACUGAUUCUUUACCUGACAAAUGGCGCAAAGAAGACCGAGUGGAUUGCUCUCUCAAGUUCAUCUGGUUCUUUCGCAAGGAGGUCCUGGUGUGGCCUUCCCACUUUUCUUUACCAGCGGUGACACAGGAACGACAUGUGUCAGACGAUGACAUAUGA